GGGAGAGAGAGAACCAACGCGUGACCGCAGUUGAAGCCACAAAAUAUAGUGAAGAAGUGGCGUUUUAACACAUCGGCUCUGCGAUACCGGGAAGAUGAAUUACAUGAGCACGCAGUGGCGAGGAAAGAGGAGACGCAGCGUCUAAAGGAUCUCCCAGCUGUGCUGAAAAGGAGCCCGCUGUGCACAACUGGAGGAAGUGCACUUCAGUCUGUGUAGAUUUGUCAGUGUUCUACGUGGAAGGUGCUUUCCUGCCGUUGGCCGGUAGCAGCUUUGAGCAGCAGUGUUGUAACAGCUGUCUCUGUGAUGGAGCGCUUUCCGGUCCACUGAGUGUGCUGCUGCCAGCACUGCAGACAUGUCUGCCUGCAACACCUUCACUGAACACGUAUGGAAGCCUGGCGAGUGCAAGAACUGCUUUAAACCUAAAAGUCUGCACUGCCUACCUGAAGGGGGUCCACAUAAGUGUCCCCCUGAACAAGGCCUCACCCAACAUAGUAACAUCUCCACUGGAGGCUCAAAUAUCAUUAAUCACCCAAGCCACUCGCCCACAGCCGGCAGUUCUGUCAUCAACACUAACCUUACUAGCAACACUCAAAGAAGCAGCAGUUCUUCCCGUUCAGGCCAGUUUCGCCCUCCUGUGGCAAAAAAGCCCACAAUUGCCGUAAAGCCCACCAUGAUGCUCCCAUGCUCUGGGUUGGGGCUAGAUUUAGAAGGAAAUCCUCAAAAAGUGGUAGAGGGGGCAGAGUCUGGAAAAGCAUCAGGCUUCACCAUUUGGAAUCACAAUGGCUUAAACCGUAAAAGGCCUGCAGAACCUAAUAACAAUGAAAGAAAUGAUGAAAGGAUAGAAGUGGAGGGAUUUGCCUCUCUCUGUCCACCAACCAGUAAUAACAACAAUGGCUUAACGGAUGUGCUGAAGGAGAUUGCAGGUUUGGGCUCAGAUCUGAGCUGUAGCAGGGACGACUUCUUGGGCCGAAUCGGCUGCUCAUAUAGGCGCUCUUUGGAGCGAGGUUUGCCUGCAGCCGGCUGUCUGGCUUUGGGUCAUAGCAGCAGUGCCAAUAAACGUGUCUCUUUGAGUGACAGUGCAGAGAUUAUAAGUUCUGAGGGAGGACGCUUCUGCUACCCAGAAUUUUCCAGUGAUGGAGAGGAGGAUGAGGAAUAUGAAGAGGAAAGUGAGAGUGAUGAUGAUGAUGAUGAUGAUGACGACGACGAUGAUGAGCAUGAGAGCUGGGAUGAGAGUGAUGAAGAGCUUUUGGCUAUGGAAAUCCGGAUGAGGGGUCAACCACGUUUUGCAAAUUUUCGGGCAGCAACGCUGUCUCCAGUUCCCUUUGCAGCUGGUAAGAAGUGGAACACUGUACCUCUGCGGAACCGCUCACUGCAACGGAUCUGUGCUGUUGACUAUGAUAGUUAUGAUGAGAUUCUAAAUGGCUAUCCGUCCAUGGACUCCAGUGAGGCACAAAGCCUUCUUCCAUAUGGCUCUGACCCCCAGGGCAGUGGCUUCCUGUCUAACUCUGAGUCCAUCACCUCACCAGAGUCCUCAUCUUCUCUGCCUGAGGACUCCACCUCCAGCAGUGGCAGUAGUGUCCCUCGUAACCAGCCCAAUGGUUUGCACCCUAUUCCAGUUAGCUCUGCAGUACAACAAGACCCUGUAGGCCGAGCACUGAGCUCACCUAAAGCCAUUGAGACACACAAAGCUGUUCUGGCAAUUCGAUUACAGGAUCAAGACGUUAAUCAAAGAGAGGGUGGACCUAUUCCGCAAGCACUCCCUGGCCAGCCAAUAACAAUAAGCUUUAGCCCUACAGAGGAGCAGCCUAAACCAUACAGAGUAGUGAGUUUGGAGAAGACUCCCAUCUGUAAACCAUACACUGUGGUUGAUGUGUCGGCUUCUAUGGCCAGCACUGAGGAACGAACUACUGAGGGCACUGCCAAGCCCAAAGGCGCAACCACAGUACUGGGUCCCCCACCCUAUCCAGGAGCCUCAAAAAACAUCCCCCUGUCUGCUUCUCCUCUCUCCCCAAAAUCCCCUAUGUCACCCAAAACACCACUUUCGCCUAAGUCUGCAGUAGUAUCUCCAACCACUCCAAUAUCUCCAUUCAUUUCAGUUUCUCCAUCAGUACCAGUCUCUCUAGGUACUGCUUUAGCCAAUGCUGCUACACCCAGUCCUUCCUGUAAAAAACCUGGGAACAUCCGUUACCAAGAGGUUUGGACAUCCAGCACUAGUCCACGGCAAAAAAUGCCCAAAGUAGAGUUGCUUAGUGGGACGCCAUCUGGGUCAUCAGUGCCUCCCAGACAAGGCAACCAUAAAUCAGCUCCCACCUCCCCUGUUGCUGGCGUGUCCUCCUCACGCACCAUACCUGUGAAGUCUCCUAAUUUGUCAGAGAUCAAAUUUAAUAGCUACAAUAAUGCUGGAAUGCCUCCUUUCCCAAUCAUCAUCAGAGACGAACCCACAUAUGCGCGCAGUUCAAAGAACGCAGUGAAAGUGCCAAUCGUGAUUAACCCGAGUGCGUAUGAUAAUCUGGCGGUAUACAAGAGUUUUCUGGGUGUGAGUGGGGAGUUGCCACAGCCCAAACUGGGAACAGGAGGUAGAGUACAGAGUCACACAUAUGAGGAAAUCGGCAACUCUGAAAAUGCACAGUGCGCAUCCACAGAACACAAACUGACCAGAAAAAUAGUUUCGGCUGAUUCUAAGGAGGAGAGAGACAUGACAAGAACUAUACCUCAUGGUGACAAAGCCAAAAGUACUCCUGAGUGCAGUACAAGAGCCAACAUUUCAGUUACUCUUUCCAGCCCUAGAACAAAUAUUAUCCCCGUUCUUAGCACUGCCGCUAGCAGUUUGACAAAAAACAGCUCUGUUAAAAUCACCAGUAGCAGUAAUCCCAGUGAUGAUUCACCUGUAGCAGCAAGCAGUGAGGGCCAAACCUCCACAUGCACUGUAUCAGGGCACAGGGAGAAAGCCAGCAUGGUGUUGUCUCAGAUAGUAGCCUCUAUCCAGCCACCCCAGUCUCCUCCAGACUCACCCUCAGCUCAAAGCAAGACAUGCAGUGUUGAGGAGCUCUACUCUCUUCCCCCUGAUGCCACUAAGGGUACUAUCAGCAGACCCAAAUCCCUCAACUGCCCUACCGAGGGUAGCCUGACCAAAUCUCACAAGGACACACCGUCCAAGCUCUUGCCUAAGUCUCAGAGUGCCUCAGCAGCUGAGGGUCCCACAAGUCCAAAAUCUGAACCCAGUGCCCCUUUCCCCCCACCCAGAUCCACCUCUUCCCCAUAUCAUGCCAGUAAUUUGCUUCAGAGGCACUUCAGCAACUGGACUAGACCUGUGGGCUCCAGGCCGAGUGAUGGUGAGAUCAGCCCUGUGGCAGAAGGCAGACGCUCAGCUGACAGUAACAGGCCCAAACGUUGGAUCUCCUUCAAGAGCUUUUUCCGCCGGCGGAAAGAUGAGGAUGAACAAAAAGAGAAAGCAGAGCGAGAGAAAGAGAAAGGGAAGCUGGUGGGUUUGGAUGGGACUGUUAUCACCAUGUUACCCCCUCCUCCUCUGCAGAGACAGCACUGGUUUUCAGAGUCAAAAACAGAUGAUCCUACCCAAAAACCUACCAUUAUAUUUACCUAUAAGCCAGACAGUGGGACAGGAGGUGAUGGGGAGGCAGAGCUUAGGGUGGAGGAGUCAAGUGCAGGUGCAGGUGGAGUGCUGUCGUACAACCAGUCAGGACCCCCAAAGAGCAGAGCGAGCCUCUUGAUUAGUAAAGUGAUGAGUCAGAUGCCGGUUCAGGGUCCAGAGACUGAGACACCUGGCAUGACCUCUUUGCCAGCCAAGGUGGAACUGGCCACCGUGAGUGAACAGUCCAAUCUCUCGACGCGGCCCAUGGCUCGCCCACUCUCACCCAGUGCCAGUCUAGGGGAGCCAGAGGAGGACGAGGGUACACGCACACACUCUCACUCUCACUCUCCUGCUUCCAGCUCAUGCAGUGCCACGUACACCAACCUAGGUCAGUCCAGGGCUAGUUUGAUCCCUGCAAAGCACCCCAGACACCCCAAGACCUUUGAUGAUCCUGUCCAUUCUGAAUCCGAAAGCUUUAAUCCAGGUGCCAAAGCCACUCCCCCACCCCUUCCCAAGAAAUCUGUGCCACGAGCCAACACCGAGCCUUCACUGUCCAGAGACCCAAUGACUCGCCGACCCCGUGGUGAGGUCAAGCCAGGGGGUGCCAGCUUGAGUGUGGCAAACCCACUCUAUGACCUGGACUCCACCUGGGAGACGGCCAGUCAAAGCUCCUCGCUCAGCUCUGAUGCCCGACAGUUAGAUGAAUCUGGGGACUCACUGGAGAGGCCAGGGGCAGGAGGACGCAGCCUUUCCCGUUCAGGUAACAGCAGCACAGGUGCGGAUCGGGAGAGGCGGGGCUGCCGCAGCACAGAGAGCCUUGCAGCCAGUAAGACCCACAGACUUGCUCUUUACAGAGGUCUAGAGAGCUGGGAGGAGGUGGCAGGCCGCAUCCGGAAUCUGCAUGCUGACACGUUGCGCAAACUGUCUGGCCGCUGUGAGGACCGCUUCAUGGCUGGACAGAAAGACCAUUUGCGCUUUGGCACAGACAGCUGGUCCCACUUCAGGCUGACCACAGGCAAGCCAUGCUGUGAGGCAGAAGAUGCAGUGUACUAUACAGCCUCUUAUGCUAAGGAUCCACUCAUUAACUAUGCCGUUAAGAUCUGCAGGUACAAGGUGAAGGAGACACAGCAGCAAUUGUUCCACAGCCUGGCUGUCCGACAAAGCCUUCCCCUGCACUUCAACAUCCAGCAGGAUUGUGGCCACUUUCUGGCAGAUGUCCCUGCCCGCCUUAUGCCCUGGGAGAAUGAGGAGCAGAGCGAUGAAGAAAGGGAUGAAAAGAAAGAGGAUCUGGAGCAGAAAAGUGGUGGAAGCAAAGAGUUGCUGUCUGAAAGCAAGAGCCAGGCUGAGAAAGGGUUUGGGAACAUAGCAGUGCCAGUGGACAUGGCGUGCCAAGGCGGGAAGUUGCGCAGCCGAGUGGUGGUGAUCACACGUGAGGUCCCAUUCCAGACGGUGGCUGAUUUCGUGCGGGAAGGUACAGCAAGGCAUUCGCGUAACCCAGAGCUGUAUGAGCGCCAGGUGUGCUUGCUGCUGCUUCAGCUGUGUAUUGGGUUAGAGCACAUGAAGCCCUACCACGUGUCUCAUUGUGAUCUGCACCUGAACAACCUGCUGCUUGUGCACUGUCAGCCUGGUGAUCCCUGGAACCUGGACCUUCCAGAGCCCAACAACAACACAACGUCUGCUUCCUCCGCCUGCCCGGCUCGCCUCAUCAUCAGCAACUUCUCUCAGGCCAAGCAGCAGUGCAUCUUGCGGUACACUGAGUGUGAUGAGUUUCAGCUGGGUCUUCUAAUCUACGAGAUGCUUCACCAACCCAAUCCUUUAGUAGAGGCUGCUGGCCUGAAGGAAAGAGAGCAACUGCCACUGCUCCCGACUCGUUCUCUGUACUCUCAGGGCCUGCAGCGGCUGGCGAGUCUCCUGCUCCAUACCGACGAGGCUGAGCGCAUUGGCGUGGCCGAGGCUCGUGCCUGUCUGCAGUGUCUCCUGUGGGGGCCACGUGAUGACCUCUUGCGUGCUGCACCUCUUCCCAUUCAGCGGCAUGCAGCACUGCAGAACUGGCUGGACUUGAAGCGUACACUCAUGAUGAUCAAAUUCGCCGAGCGUUCACUGGAUGACGGCCACAGCGGCGGUGGCGUCAGCCUGGAGGACUGGCUCUGCUGCAAGUACCUGGCUUUUGCCACCACAGACUCAAUCGACAGGGUUGUACGUGUUUUGCAGCAGCUCUGAGUGUGGAUGCUUGUCCGUGGACUUGUUUGGACUAUCGGUCAGCUUUCACAUCACAGGCCCAGUAGAGUCUGCUGGCACAUGCACAUUUGCGCUGUAUGCAUUUUAUUUUAUUUUUUUUGCUUAUUACAUUUUUUUUUUUUUUUGAGGAACGUGCAAGACAUGUUUGUGCUUUAUUAGUUUGUAUUUCUUAAGUAUUGAGUGGUGAAGAAUUUUAAAUCAAGAUCAAAGCCUGUUUUUUGUUUUUAAAAAAAAAAAAAGCCAUGCAGUUGGAUUACACAUUAUUAGAAAUUACGUUAAAAAAGCAGUCAGUGUUUUUCUCCUGAUUGUUUGUUUUUGUUUGUUUUAUUUAGUCAUGACAACAUGUACAGAAUGACUCACAGUUUGGCCUUGACGAUGAAAUGCUUCCUCUGUUUACUCUAGCUGUUCAAGAGAGAGCACUGAUCUGGCAUCAGCAGCUUGUCUCCUGCGCAUUAGUGAUUUCAGGAUUUCACACAAUCGUUCUAGCAGUAUAGUAAGUAAUACGUAGUUAGUGUUGGAUGGAGUGGUCUUGAGGGAGUAAAGGAUGUAAAUUUCUAGGUUUUUAAUGCUGUGUGUAAAGCAUAAGGAGGUCAUUUAACCACCACUCAGACUGAAGAUACCACUUAGGGCUAAGAGCUCUCAAUAGCUCUCCUUCAGCUUAAUUUUUACCCUUGAUCACAUUUUUUGUCUCGUUCCCCUCUAUGAAAUCCUCAUCUCUCACACAUAACUCUAGAUAAAUUAGAGACCUAACUUAUUAGACAAAGAAGCUACUUAGAAUAAAGAUGAAUUCUAUUUCUGUAUUACAAUCUUGAGUGUGAGACAGUCGAUGCAGAUAAUUCCAAAGCAGAUGGAGAACGCUAUUUUUGUAAGACCAGAAUUUACCAAAGGUUAAGAGACGGUUGGCGUCUAUUUUGGUUAGUUAAAUAUUGAAACAAAAUGUAUUUUUAAAGAUUUGAAUGCAUGGUUUUGUCUGAAGACAUGAGUAAAGUUCUAUGUUACUAAAAGUGUCCUUAUGCAAACACAGACACACACAGAGUAAGCAGCCGGGUCCUCGGAUCCAGAACUGAAAGAUGCAGUAAGGGUGGUUUUGGUUGACGGUGCACUGUGGUUAUAGGAGAGUCCGCAUCACUCUGAUCAAAGUUCCAUUUCUCAUAACCCAGACAGUGAACUGGGAUAGACUAGCCCCAGAGAAUUAUGGGUUGGAAUGGCAUUUCAUAAGGUGGGGUUUUUUUUUUUGUUUUUGUUUUUUUAUGGAUUUAUGUGCAGUCAUUGUAAAUGUUACUGCUUUCAUACGUAACAAUAUUUAAAUAUAGCGUAUGUGCUUGAUAUUGUGCAGCAUUCACUCAUACAGUUACUUCCUUUUGGCACAUAAUUCUUGACAAAGCCUGCCUCAAGGCACAGCUUAUUUUUUCUUUGAUGCAUAAUUUCCAUAAUGUUCACAAACUUGGAGAAGCUCUGAGCGUGUGUGUGUGUGUGUGUGUUGGGGGUUAUGUUAGAGUGUGCACAUUUAGCAAAUGAUUUGUCUAGUAGUGCACAUACCUUUAUUACAUUUUCAUUGUAUUACUGUGUGGGUUUGUAUGGGGACAUGCGUGCGCGCGUGCGCGUGUGUGUGUGUGCGCGCAUGUGUCCGCACACCUAAUUUUGAAUGCUAAGGAGAAGAUGAGGGGAAAAUGUGAAGCUCUGAAAUCAGCAGCGAGCGCCAGGUGUGUAGACGUGCUCCAGUCAGCUGACCUGCUCGCUCGGCUCAGCGGAGAAAGAGAAAAAUUAUGAAUUGCUGGAAACCCUGAACCUUUUUUUUUUCUGUAACCAGGGUAAGAGCAGUGAGUUCAGCUAACAGCACUAGAGCAGUAUUUCUCAACCAGAGGUUCUCAAAAUCCUUACAAAUUACAAAAGGGCUGCCGAGGUGUUUUUAAAAAUAUUUUUUAUCUGCUUUUAUUAUUAUUAGUAGUAGUAGUAGUAUCGCAAAUCUAUUAUUUUAUACUACUACUACUACUGAUAAUAAUAACAUAUUAAAAUUUCGAAAAGACCGCAGAUUUUUUUUAUGCUUUGUCAUGAGUACUCAGCUUUGACAAUACUGUUAGCAAUAAAAUAUGUGAACAUUUUACUUUUCAUCCAAAACUUAAAAAACGUCUAUUUUUAAGUUAUAUUCACCACCUGUCCCAGUGUGCUCACACAAAAGUCACGAAUGUCAAUGUUCUGGGAUUUGAAGCUGCAUUAUAAAUGAAAUUAGCAGUAAUAAUUCAAGCUAUGUUUAUUAAUGAAAGUAAGAGCAUUUCCACACAUACCGUGUGCAGAGAAUUGGGGUUAAACCUCUAUGUGGCCAUAAGAAAACCACUUGUUAGUGAGCCUGGAUAGAAAAACUAUUUUAAUUUCCUACGGAACAUAAAGAUUAGACUUUGGAGCAACGGAAAAAGGUGAUGUGGACUAAUGUGUUUAGAUUGACUCUAUUCCAGAGUGAUGGUUGCAUCAGAGUAAGAAGGAGCAUGUAUGAAGUGAUGCAGCCAUCAUGCAGAGUGGCCACUGGACAAGCCUCUGUAGGCAGUGUUAUGAGUGUUCUGAAGUUUCUUCAGUUGGUCAUGUUUAGGCUCAGCAACUUUAUGUGGCAAUAAAAUGAAGUCAGCUGAUGACCUGAAUGUACUGAAUGACAAGAUUAUCACGUCACCCCGUUAUCAAAGUCAAACUAAAGAAUUGAGUGACAUCUGUGUGUAAAUUGUAGUAUAAAGGUCAGUGUAUAAAAAUGUCACUGUUGAUGUUAAAGCAGGACAUCAAAUCCAAUGGUGGCUUUGAAAAUGUAUUAGUUUUGGCACUAAUUGUUAUUAAAGUUUGACUUAAAUCAUGCAUACAGUAUAUACAGUAUAUAUACAUAGGAGGGGCAUUCAUGUCAAACAGGGAUUAAGCGUUCCCCUCAUUUUGUGACCAGUAUAUAUAGUAUGUUUGGUCUGUGAGGGUCAGUUAGAAUAUACUGGGUGUACACACCUUAGGUUGAGAACCACUGCUUUAGUGCACGAUGUAAAAAAAGAUUUAACCUGUAAGCUGGUUGCAAUACAGAGACCUAAUUAUAGCAGUGAUGCAUUAGUCUUAAUACUUUGUGACUAAUGCAUUAUACUGUAAAACUGCGAAAAAACAAAUCAAAAGUCCAGUGCUGAAGGAGUGUCUGUCGUUCGGGCCGUGAGCCAGUCUGAUCAUUUUGGUUCUUUCCACUAGCGAGCAUCCUGAUGUUGCUAGUUCUAACACAGAGACGUAUUAGUUCAGUGUGUGUCCCUCAUGCGACUCUAGUUGCUGCUGAGCUGGUUGUUUGAUGUACUGGGGAAUGUUGGUAGACUGCACUGGCGGCUGUCCUACCAUCACAAAGUGUUUUCUGUCUUUCUAUAAUAUUAACGCAAUGGUACACACGCACCACAACACACUCCGUGUUCCGGACUCAAUAUUCCGUUGUGGAUUCAGCAGUGAUGGGGCCCCAUCAGCGCUUCAUGCACAGUCAUGCUGGACAAUGUUUGUUCAUCCAAGCUUUAUUUUCAAGUGUAUUUCCAACAGUGUAUCCUAUGGUUGCUUACCAAUGUACGUUAACAGCCAAUGAUUAUAUAAAAGAGCUCUACUGGCUUUCUAUAUCUAUAAAUGUAUGUAUGUGUGUGUGUAUGUGCAUCUCAUGGUGUGUGUGUCUGAGUUAAUAUUACAAGUAGUAAUAAAAUAAUGAAUAUAUGUUUUUA